CACUCCACGAGGCUGACACAAGCCGGAGUUUGGCUGAGCUCCGCCAGGCUCUCGCCGAGGUGCAGCCUAGUGGCAGCCUAGUGGCAGCCUAGUGGCCCUGUCGGCCAGGCCCUGUCGGCCAGGCCCCUUCUUCGGGUACGCCGCACGCGCACCGCUGCGCACCGCACUGGGCCGCGCCUAGUAUAUGUCGCUCCCGGUGGCGCCGUCGCUGCUCGCCAGCCUGCAGGAACAUGGCCCGGACCCCGCCGCCCAUGGCCUGCUGCCUGAGCUGAGCGUGGCCGACCUGGCCAUGUCCUUGAGCCCCAAGCACCAUCAACUUCAGCACCAGCACCACCUGCAGCAGCAGGGCCAGCACCCGGCCCACUCGACGCCCUUCUCCGUGACCGACAUCCUCAGCCCCAUGGAGGAGUUCAGGAAGUUGGAGCUGUCCGGCGCGGGCUCCAGCAGCUCGUCGGCGGGCACCCCGGCGCCGCCGCCCGCGCCCAACCCGGCGCCCUACGUGCAGUUCCCGCCGCAGUACUGUGCCCCGGACCUCGCGUACGGCGACGUGCGGGGGCCCUCCGGCUGGUACGGCACCGCCGCCGACCCUCGAUUCACAAGGUCGUAUCUGGACCAGAAGCAAUGUUGGGAGGAAGGAGGAAGAAGUCUAGCAAUAGUGUCUCGGCUAAUGAGCUCGUCCACCGCCACCAUGAACAUGAACAUGAACAUGAGCAACAUGGCGGGCCUGUCCACGUGCUCGGUGACGGGCGAGAACAAGCCUAUGCAGUUCCCCCUGACGCAGCGGAGGAAGCGCAGAGUCCUCUUCACGCAAGCCCAGGUUUACGAACUGGAGAGGAGAUUCAAGCAACAGAAGUACCUGUCCGCCCCUGAAAGGGAGCACCUAGCCAGCCUUAUUCACCUAACGCCAACACAAGUCAAGAUUUGGUUCCAAAACCACAGGUACAAGUGCAAGAGACAGGCCAAGGAGAAGGCCAUGGCGGAACAGAACGCGCAGAACCAGGAGCAGAGCUCGCCGCGGAGGGUGGCAGUGCCCGUUCUCGUCAAGGACGGCAAGCCGUGCUCGGAGGGCGGCAACGGCAACAGCCGGGGCGGCGGUCCGUGCGGCCACAGCCCCGGCCUGGGCGCGCUGCCGCACCCCCAGCAGCAGCAGCAGCCCCAGCAGCAGCACCCUCACCAGCAGCAACAGCAGCAGCAGCAACAACAACAGCAGCAGCAGCAGGCGUGUUCCAGCACGGCGGCGCUCCUCAGCAACAUGGCCUACCAGAGACAGAACCUGCAGCACCACCAGCAGCAAGCCAACAUGUGCCCGUCGUACCUGCCCCUACAGGGCCGGGCGUGGUGAUGAGCUGGCCGUUGUGAUGUGAAUUCCCCACCCCCCUUCGGACCCCUGCAGGGCGGCCGGGCCCAGUGGGACCCCAUGAGGCCUUGCGGGACCCCCCCGGGACCUCGUGGGACCCCGCGGGCCGCCACGGCACCUCCCUCAGCAGCCCCUCGCACCGGAUUCUGACCUACGUAGCCGUUUCGGAACACUGCUGCACUUUUUUGCCAACGGCGGUGGCUUUUGGACGAAUGGGUUUACUGAUAAUACAGUGUCUUUUCCUAAAUUUCUACAAAAAAAAAUAUGUAAAAAUGUCAAAAAAUGGAGACGCCGCAAAUCUGCUACGAAUUUGUUUGCUACUGUUGUUUGAGUUAUUGGUUCCUUAUUACUUAAAGUACUUACAGUUAGGCUGUAGUUCCGGUUCUCCUAGAGAUUUGGCUACGGGGAUUCUUCUGAAAGAAUGCAGCCAGUAAAAAUAAUAGAGGUUAAAGUAAUCAUCUGACUGUGUGGCAUGUACUGUAAUAUUUUCAAAUUUGCGCUUUUUUUGUUCCUAAAGUUCUCAAAGUUGUUCUACGGGUUUAUUGCUUACAUCCGUCCAAGUGGGCAGAACUUUGGUAAUACACCGUGGCUGUCUUCGCCCUCCAUCCUGUUAGUCCAGAGCCGUGUGAUCUGAUCCGCCAGAACGCGUGCACGCAUAACUCUUUUAGUAAAAUUUAUACGCGAAAAAAUUGUGUUCAAAAACAAGAAAAUUUAGGUUUUUGGCCAGAACGCAGUGUUUUGUUUUAAGUUCUAAAUAAUUGAACUAUCUGCAUUGCCAGCAGCGUUGCCAGCGUUUUUAAUUAGCAAUUGGAGUUUAUUUCCAUGAGUCAAAACAAAGAGAACUAAUCUAAAUUAAGGGGGUGAGUCAGGUGGGUCUUCACUAUGUGGCGCGCUCACUGUACAUAUCUAAUGUGAUAGAUAAGUGACCUGUAUAUAUGUAUGUGUAAGUUUGUUAAAAGUUGAUCGAAAUCGGCAACACGAAUCAUGAGCACGAAUGCAUGUGAUUGUAGCUUGUGUUCGUUUACGAAAUAAAAAAUAUAUAUUGAUGAUUAUAAGAUUAUGAUAAUUAUUAUUUAUUUGUCGAGGGCCGGUUACCGGUGAAGUCAGAAAUACUUAAAGGAUGCAGAGAACAGAACCAAAAAUGUGUUGUACAGUGUAGUUUUUGUUGCUCUGAUGUUGUAUAGAAGGCAGUUUGGCCUGGUGGACUGCUUUCAAUAUUUCUUAUUGUUGAUAGUAAGGGGUUUUUGACUCUUGAGUUGAGUUGUUAUGUGCAAUAUGUGCUUACAUCUGUUACAUUUUGUUCCCAAUAACAAUAAUGUGCAUAGUGUCUUUCUUUUCAUAAUUUGGUAGCGCAUCAAAUUUUGUAAGGUUCUUUUUAUAUACGUCUCCGGGAAAAUAGCAAAUGUUUUUCUCUAUUUUUGAGCCAUGCAAUUGCAGUGCCGUUGUCUUGAUUUACUUUCAGUGUCCACUUCGUCUCUGAAAACGCGCACUUCUUAGUAACCUCAGACAAACCUCGACACUGGGCAGAGUUUUUCUUGUUAGAUUGUAUUAUUAUUUUGUAAAGAUGGAACCUACCUGUACGAUUGUAUGCUGUGAUGUUUAAGGUUUGUACAACAUCUUGUUCGUACUUCGCCAUAGAAACGAUUAAAACAAAAAAUUAAAGGUCGUUAAAA